CAUCAAUCCGUCCGCAGCCUGCUCAUUCGAAGGAAAUUUUUCGUGUGAUCGGGUCCGUGUCCGUUCGUUCGUGUGCGAGUUUUUGGUGGCCACUCCGUUUUGAAAUCGAGACGUUUCGCGUGACAUUUCCACGUUGAUUCCCAUUCGCAAGUGUUCCGGUUGAAGGUGACGACGUGGCGGAAGAAGUGGCCACCUCCAGCAGCGGAUUCCCCGUUCUUUUUUCUGGGGGUGAUUUUUCCUUUUCGUCGUCGGAGAACCGUUCCGGUGAGACAAGAUCAUCCAACUCAAGCUAAAAUCAUAUGUAGUGCGUCGUAAUCGCCAGAUUCAAUUGUAGUGGCACUCCAACAGUGCAUUUGAAGCUAAAAAAAGAAGCAAAAAUCAAAUAAAUUCAAAGUGUUGCAUUUCUCAGCCAAGUGUAGAUAAACGUGUGUGCGUUCGUGUGUUUGUGUGCCAGCCUCAGUUGGAUAGCACGACUUCGACACUGAUAGCAGAGCACUGAAGCGUGGAGAGCGAGAGCGAGAGAGAGACAGCAGCUGAAGGAGCAACGAGCAGAAGAUGAAUGCCUCCGAUCAUGGAUUCAAUCCAGCAUUUAAUAUGGCCACCAUAAGACAGGCGAUCAACGAGACCAUCGAGCGAGACAUUGGUGCUCUUCUCCGCACAGUGCGCAUCCCGACGCCGACCCGGUUGCGGGACCUCAUCCGACAGAUCCGUGCCGCGCGGACGGCGGCCGAGGAGCGAGCGGUGGUGAACCGCGAGUGCGCCUACAUCCGCAGCAUAUUCCGCGAGGAGGACUCGGUGUGGCGCUGCCGGAACAUCGCCAAGCUGCUGUACAUCCACAUGCUCGGCUAUCCGGCCCACUUUGGCCAGCUCGAGUGCCUCAAGCUGACCGCCAGUCCCCGCUUCACAGACAAACGGAUCGGCUACCUGGGGGCGAUGCUGCUGCUGGACGAGCGGCAAGACGUGCACCUGCUCAUCACCAACUGCUUGAAGAAUGACCUCAACAGUCCGACCCAGUUCGUGGUGGGGCUGGCCCUUUGCACCCUCGGAGCCAUCGCCUCGCCGGAGAUGGCGCGCGAUUUGGCCGGCGAGGUGGAAAAGCUGAUGCGAUCGCCGAACGCGUACAUCCGGAAAAAAGCCGCCCUCUGUGCGUUCAGGAUCAUCAAACGGGUGCCGGAGCUGAUGGAGAUCUUCCUGCCCGCCACCCGGUCACUGCUGAACGAGAAAAAUCACGGUAUCCUCAUCGCCGGCGUCACCCUCAUCACGGAAAUGUGCGAAAAAAGCCAGGACACGCUGAAUCACUUCAAAAAGGAUAGUGGAAAUCAAGAGAUUGUGCCCAACCUGGUGCGAAUCCUGAAGAAUCUAAUCCUGGCCGGGUACUCGCCGGAGCACGACGUCAGCGGAGUCAGCGAUCCCUUCCUUCAGGUUAAAAUCCUCCGAUUGCUCAGAAUAUUGGGUCACAACGAUCCGGACGCGUCGGAAGCCAUGAACGACAUUCUGGCCCAGGUCGCCACCAACACCGAGACGAGUAAAAACGUUGGCAACACCAUUCUGUACGAGACGGUACUCUCAAUCAUGGAUAUCAAGUCCGAGGGUGGUCUCCGGGUGCUGGCCGUCAACAUCCUCGGCCGGUUUCUGCUCAACAGCGACAAAAACAUCCGCUACGUGGCGCUUAACACCCUGCUGCGGACGGUCCACGCGGACAUUUCCGCCGUCCAGCGGCACCGCAGCACCAUCCUGGAGUGUCUCAAAGAUCCGGACGUGUCCAUUCGGCGCCGAGCGAUGGAGCUGUCCUUCGCGCUCAUCAACUCGCAAAACAUUCGCGCCAUGUCGAAGGAGCUGCUCAUCUUUCUGGAGAAGGCCGACGCCGAUUUUAAGGCGCAGUGCAGCAGCCGGAUGGUGCACGUGGCCGAGCGGUACUCGUCGUCGAUCCGCUGGCGGCUGGACACGCUGCUGAGCGUGCUGGUGGCGGCCGGCAAUUACGUCCGCGACGACGUCGUGUCCUCCACGAUCCAGCUGAUCCUGAACAGUCCCCCGGAGGAGCAGGCCUACAUCGGCCUCCGGCUGUGGGACUCGCUGCACAACAUUACCAACUCGUACGAGGACAAACAGCCGCUGCUGCAGGUGGCCAUCUGGACGAUCGGCGAGUACGGCGAUCUGAUGCUGAGCAGCGAACGGAUCGAAGAUGUUGAAAUCCCUGCAGAGAGCGAGCUGGUGGAUUUGUACCAGAAGUUGCUGUGGACUACGUCGGUUUCGACGUCGAGCAAGCAGUACGCGCUCGUGUCGCUGGCCAAGCUGAGCACUCGGAUUCACUCCGCGGAAGAGGAACUCCGGGCGAAGCAGAUUGUGGAGGCGUUCGGAACGCACCUGCACAUUGAUCUGCAGCAGCGAGGGGUGGAAUUUUCGCAGCUCUUCCGUGACUACAGCCAUCUGCGUCCGGCUCUGCUGGAGAAGAUGCCCAAGUUGCAAAAAUCGCUGACGAACGGCAAUGGGGACGGUAAUGGCACUGGUGGCGGUCUCUUCGAUGAGAACUCGGGCGGAAUCGACUUGAUCGAGAGUGGCGGCGACGAGAUGGAGAUUGGUGGCCUGCUUACGGGAAGUAGCGAGGUCAAACUUGGCAGUAAUACGAACGCCCUGCUGGACCUGCUCGGUGGAGACGAUCCCGCCGACGGACUCGGCCUGGUCCCUCCGACAAACUCCAUCAUUCCGACGGGCACGACCACCACCAACGGCAAAGCGUCCAGCAAUUCCAACACGCAAGACCUGCUGGAUCUCCUCGGUGGUCUCGACAUGCCCGUAAGCACUCCUCCGGCGGCCAUUCCACCACUUGGAGGCGGCGUUGGUCUCGAUCUGAACUGUCUCAACGACAACAGCAUCAAGUCGACGACGACAGCGGUGACGGGUUCGUCCUCGUUUGGCGGGCUGGAAAACCUGCUGAACUCGAAUCUGACCUCGCCGACGACGACGAUUCCGAUCGUUGGAGGUGGUGGCAUUGUGUCGCCAACGCUGGGCACGGCCCCCAUCAUCAACAACAGCACCGGCAGCAUUGCGGCCAACAACAGUCUCUUCAGCGACUUUUCGUCUAUUAAUAAUAAUGAGGAGCACUCCAAAACACUGACAGCCUUAGAUAAGAACGGUCUACUUGUACAGUUACUAGCGAAAAAUAGUGGUGGAUGUCUGCAGAUUGUCAUGACAGCUGUAAAUAACUCGUUGAGCACACUAGAACAAUAUCUAUUCCAGGCCGCCGUUCCGCGCAGCUUCUCGCUGCAGAUGCUGUCCCCUUCGGGGUCGGCGUUACCGCCCGGUGGUACCAUCACGCAGGAAAUGCGCAUCACCAGCACUGCUAAGGCCACCCUCCGGAUGCGCCUGCGGAUAUCGUACCAGUGCGACGGCAACCCCGUGCUGGAGCAGACCGAGCUUUCCGGGUUCCCCGAGGACCCCACGACACCGCUCGAAUGAGACCCGAACUGGAACGUGGUGAAUAUUACGGUUAAGUUUUAGUCGCGUCCCUCCCCUUACGAUAAA